UUGCAAACUUUGCACUGGCCGCGUGCUAGCAUACAGUACCUAACUGACAUUUAAAUAGCUGCAUCAAGAAGCGAAGCCACACGAAGUAGGACUCGCAGCUCUAGUCGCGGAGGUGCCCCUCAUGGGCCUCGCGCGCGACGGCGUGGCUUGUCGCAGCCUAUGUAGCGGCCAUAAAAGCUUUGUUCGCGGGGGGGCCUGCUGGUCGCGGCGCCCUGUGGGCGUCCGGGCGCAAAGUGCCCCAAGCAGCGAGGCGCUUGUUGCGGAGCCAGCUGUUUCGGAACCUUCGACAAGUGAGCCAGAUUCCGCUCUCAGGAGCACUAACUGGCCCCGCAAGUCGUCGCUUUACAUUCUGCGUACUGAUGGCAAGAGCUGCUCGCGCGAGCUCGUCACAGGGACGGGCAAGCUGCACUUCGCAUACCCUAGCACACAGCAACACCUGCUCGUAUGGCGGCAUCGACCCAAGAGCGUCAUGGUGAUAAUGAAACUCGGUGACGAGUUGCUAGCGCCCUUCCUGGACGUCGUGGAUUUCCUCGGGAGAGAGCACCAGCUGCGGGUGGUGGUGGAGCCGCACGUGUACGAGCAGCAGGUGGCGGGCCGGCUAGAUGAGUUCCCAUUCGUGUACACCUACACGCAGGCGGACAUGGAAAGGCUGGCGGAGUACGUGGACUUCGUGGUGUGCCUGGGCGGCGACGGCGUUAUCCUGCACUCCUCCUACCUGUUCAAAGCCAGCAUGCCGCCGGUGAUUGCGUUCAACAUGGGCAGCAUGGGCUUCCUGACCAACCAUGACUUCUCCAACUUCAAGCAGGACCUGCUGGACGUCAUUUAUGGCGGCACCAAGCUGGACAGCUGCACGCUGCUGUCGCUGGACUCAGUCAACUCCAUGGAUGAGCCCGGCAACAGCUUAGGCGUGAUGGUGACGCUGCGCAUGCGGCUGUCGUGCGAGGUGUGGCGCAAGGGCAGCCGGCAGCCGGAGCAGGUGGUGGAGGUGCUGAACGAGAUGGUUAUCGACCGCGGCAGCUCCGCGUUCCUCACCAACAUCGAGUGCUACGAGAAGGGCCGCUUCAUCUCGCGCGUGCAGGCAGACGGCAUCAUGCUGGCCACGCCCACGGGCAGCACCGCCUACAGCGUGGCCGCCGGCGGCAGCAUGGUGCACCCCAACGUGCCCGCCAUCCUGCUCACGCCCGUGUGCCCGCACUCGCUGUCCUUCCGCCCCAUCAUCCUGCCCGACUACGCCGAGCUGGAGCUGCGCAUCCCCGACAACGCCCGCUGCACAGCCUGGGUGUGCUUCGACGGCCGCUCGCGCCAGGAGCUGGGCCGCGGCGACAGCGUCAAGGUGCGCAUGAGCGAGAACCCGGUGCCCACCAUCAACCGCACCGACCUCACCGGUGACUGGUUCGACAGCCUGGAGCGCUGCUUCCGCUGGAGCGACCGCACCAUGCAGAAGCCGCUCAGCGCAGAGCAGCUGUUGGCAGCGGAGGCGGCCAGCGCCCAGCCCGCGGCGGCGGGCGGCGGCGCCAACGGCGGGAGCGGGAGCAGCGGCAACGGCGGGAGCGGGAGCGGCGGCAACGGAGCAGCGGCUUGAGGAGGAGAGGCGGGGGUGGUGGUGGUCGUGGUUGUGCUCGGGUGCGCCAGGCCAGUUGGGUUGUGCGGACUGGGGGGGUGGGUUGGAAAGGGGCCAGGGAGGGGUCCGGGGUGCAGAGAGGGAACAGUAUGCGCGCUAGUCCAGCUGCACGAGGUAUUCUGUCAUUUCUUGUGUUAUUGUACUGUAGGGGCCUGGCCCGUGGCAUGACCCACUGAACACACACCUGCAGCGUCUGGCAGGCGCGUAGCUGUAUUAGCACUAUGGCCAGGGCGUGGCCUCCUGCGUGUGCCGCCGAAUGUAGUAGGCAAGUGUUCUAAGCCAAAGGUUGUGGCAAUGAUGCUGAUGCAUACUCGGUUUGAUUUUGUGCGUGCUUGCUUUUUUGUCCCUGGGCCGUCGCAUGGUGUGCGGAUGGUUCGCAGUUUUUGGUUGGGUGCGGUCGCGCUGCGCCCUCGCCGCUAGUGAGCUCCAGAUACAUAUGGUCGAGCUACCGGGUGGCGCGAAGCACGUGCGUGUACGGCUCGUGAUGUCUGUCACACGCCUGCAAUGGGGCAGCUGGGCCCAAGUGCUGUUGCUGUGAGUCUGCGAGCAGAGAAGAGAUCAGGAACAUGAGAAGACAACUAUUAUUGGCGGCUUCGGCGCCAGGGGCUGCAUGCACUGCAUUUGUGCGCCUCGCGAGUGAUGCAGUGCAAGUUGCAGUGCAAGUUGCGGUAUGUACGUCGCGAUGUCGAGCUUUAAGUGGCACCCAAAGCACUGAGGAUAGGAGGGGAGCGCCAGAGCAAGAGGAUGGCCGCGUUGCCACAGUUUACGAUGCAGGUCUGGUAUGGAGGGAGUGGAACUGGACUGUGGGUAUUGACUGGUGUCAGCAAUGGGUCUUGGGGUAGCCAGCGUCUGGCCAUUUGCACGAGGCACAACACAUUCCCUCUGAGCAGGGGCAAUGGCACGAACAUGUCUGGCGGCUCUGUUGUCUGUAACACAGUCUGUUU